CUGCAGAUGAAGUUUUUCAGUCACACUGCACCGUGGGACUUUUAGGAAUUCAUAUUAACCAGCCAGACUUUCUAUCUCCUCACUGACAUGUUGCGAUGUUCCGUGCAGCCUUACAAAACGCGGACUUGCUGUGGGUAAUUUUGUUGUAUUGUGUUUUCCUCCCGGACCCUGGCUGUGGAUCAGCCGAUGCGGACAGCUGUCAUGAGGUGAAGACAGCCUACAUGAUGCGACAGAUAGGCGCGGUGGAGCUGGUCCCAGACCGGCCGGGAGCAGAUGAGUCUCUCCGCGUGUGUGUCCACCCGGGGCCCAGCUGCUGCACCAGUAAGAUGGAGGACAGCUACAUGGCGGCUGUUCGCAGCGAGACGCAGCAGAAGAUGCGAUCGUACAGCUUCGAGCUAAAGUACCUGAUCGCUGGACACACCAAGGCCUACCAAGAGACCUUUGAGUCCCUCGUGUCCUUCACAUCCAACCUGACCAGCACUCUGUUCGACAGCGCUUAUUCUGCUCUGGCGUCCGACUGUCGCCCCAUUGUGUUUCAGCUGUUCAGCGACAUCAACCGACACCUUUCUGGGGACUCAUCCUCAUUGGACACCGCUGUGCGUCGGUUCUACAAUGAUCUUUUCCCAUUGGUCUACCGUCGCCUGCUGAACCCUGGGAUCGGCCACAUGUCACCCAAGUCCCAUUCCACCCCCUCCACCAAUCAGGAUGACUGUCUGCGGAUGACGCGGCAGGAUGUCAGCCCGUUCGGACCCCACCCUCGCCUCCUGGUCAGCGGCCUGACCCGUGCGCUGGGGGCGGGCCGGGCACUGAGCCGACUGCUGAGACUGGCCGGAGAGGUUGUCAACGCAACCGAGAAGUUGACUUUAUCCAGAGAAUGUGGGCGGGGCUUAGUGAGGAUGCACUACUGCUCCCACUGCAGAGGGAUGACUCUGAUACGGCCCUGUACCGGACUGUGUGUCAACAUCAUGAGAGGAUGUCUGGUGGGGGUAUCAGAGCUUGGCGCCCCCUGGGGGAGUUUGGUGGUGUUGCUCCAACGGUUAGCUGCCAUGUUAGCAACAAGCAGCAACCACAACAGCAUGGAGUUAGCGCUAUUAGCAGUCCGAAAUCAUGUGAACGAUGCUAUACUGCACGCUCAGCUGCACGGGCCGCGCAUCACAGCCACAGUAGAGAAGGUAUGUGGACCCCAGGCAGCUGGUCCCAUAAUGCCAAAGGCAAAUCCCACCAACUUGCAGCACACAUCCUCUGUGAGCCCUGCUACAUCAGUGACGUCAGAGAGGUCAGAAGUCACAUCGCCACCCUUAGCAGGUCCUGCUUCUCAUCGUCUGCCGCCACAAUCCAGGAGGCCAUUUCCUCUUAAAGGCUCCAGAGGAGACAAGAGUCGCAGCCUGAAAAAACUGUCUAGGGAGUUUGAGGGCUCCAUCCAGCGGUACCAGUGGUUUUUCUCCGAGCUGCCAGAGAUGCUUUGUGAAAGUGAGAUGGAGGUUGAGCAGCACACAUGCUGGAGUGGCCAAGAUGUCGUAGAAAGUUAUGCAGGUCGUGUUGUUGGCAGCAGUUUAAAAGCCCAGAAGGAGAACCCAGAGAUGUCCGUCCGUAAUACAGAUCCUGUCCUGAAGGGGGCCAAACAGAGGCUGGAGCAGCUUACACAGGAGCUGUUAGUGGAACUCGGCUGGGCGAGCAAAACUAGAGGAAAGGUGGAGGAAGAGGAGGGAGGGAGCGCACAGACAGAAAGAGGGAGUGGGGAUGACUGCGAUGAUGAAGAUGGCUGUGAAGCAUCUGGUGUGGAAAACGGUGAAGAGACAGGUGAUACAUACAGCGGUCAGAGUCCAGCGACAAAGGGCCUGGCUCCUCCUCCUCCUCGUCGCCCCGUCAGCCCCAAACAUCUCCCACCUCCUCAGGUGGCAGUUCGAGGCUCGGCCCACACGUUGUCUGUUGCACAUUUGACCCUGUCGACCCUUCUGCUCCUGCUGCUGUCACCAUGGGAACACCGCUGAUGUCAGAGGGACUGUCUGACAGAGACAAAAAGACUGAAAGACAACCACAUGUGUUUGGUGGUGAAGAUGAGUAUUUGGAGUUUCUGUAAGCAGGAAGCACUCUGAAUGUUUUGUUAUGUGGCAGGUGCACAGUAUGCAGUUUAAUGUUACCUGUACUGACCUCUAAAUGUGUUUGUUUAUGUGUAUUUAACUUUGAUAGGAUAGAUUGCACACCACUACUGACUUUUUUUGAAGAGAGAUGUAAAUACAAAUAUAUAUAUAUUAUAUAUUUAUAUAAAGGAUUUCUAUAGAUAACGAUCGCUCUAUGUGUAAAUAGAGAUUAAUAUAGAACAGAAGUGAUUGACUUGAAUGUAAUGGGGUGUUUUGUUUAGUCUGACAUUUACAUUAUGUAGCCCCCAGAAACACUUAGAUCUAUGACAGCUAUGGUUCAAGUUGAGGCCUCCACUGUGGCAGCAAGGUGCUUACAGUGAAGACACACGCAUUAUAAGAGCACUCAGCACUCCAUGAGCAAAACAACCAAUUAUGUGACACUUCAGACCAUUGACAGAUGGCCAUGAGCAUAAUGAAGAAGUUGACAGUUUGGCUUGUACGUCUCUGCAGACUGAAGCCCAUCCGGCACUGUUUUCUUUCACACCAACAUGCUCUAUUGUUCAUGCAAGCUGGGCAAGUAUGCUGCAGAGUUGAACUGUUUAACACAAUUGUAUUUCCUCCACAAAUGACUUUUUAAUGACUUCUCCCAGGAAACUGUGUCCUUAGGUAGUUUAUCGUGUAUAAACAUAUACCUUUUAUUGUCUUGCGUGCGUAAUCUGAGUUAAGGCUAUGUUCUUCUCAAAAUGCAUAGUCUGCAAAACGGUAAAUGCACUACAGGGAGGCAUAUAAAAGCUUAUAUUUCAACUUUAAAUCAACUUUUAGGCCGUCACAGUCUUUAGGAGCUCUCCUAAAUAUGGAAGUUAUCUAAACAAAACAAAAAAACAAUGAAAUAGAAUAUAUGGCCCUCAUUUAAGAUCCAGAAGAAACAAACCUUAGUCUAAACAAUGAAUAUUUUGACAUCUUGUUUUCACGUACAAAGACUCCUGUCCUAUUGAUUUCAAAUACAGCUUGUCUCCAAAUGUAUUAAUGACUACUGUAAUAGUUAUAGAGUAUUUAGGGCACCCAACAACAUACUAUAUGUGUUGGUUUAUUUCUCAGUCUGACACAUGUUAACAGUCUGUCUCUGUAUCCAGCGGAGACGAGAGAUAAGAGUAUCAAGUCAGUGAUCAGAAUACAGCUCAGCUAAGAUCAAAAUGAUUUAAAUGUAAUUCAUGGUAAUUAGGACCAUCAAGUGCUCCCGGCUCUCUGUUGAGUUUCAAACUGCACACAACAUCAGGACAGACAACUAGAAUACUGAUUAAAACGUUCGAAAUGGAGCAAAUAAACCAGCAGGAAGACACUGUGUACCAACUUGUGGAUAACUUUUACGUUCAAUAUUUUCCCGUGUAGUCUUAAGAAACAGGUGUAAAUGUGUCUAUCGUCAUCACCUUUCUCAUGAAGGAAUGUGCCCGACAGUUGAGACGACUAAAGGAAUAACAUCAAGAGCCGACAUGCAUGACUUAUCUGGGCACUGAGCCCAAACACCAUGUAAGUUAGCGGGAUGCUUUUACACCAUAAAGUGUGCCAUUAUUUGAUUACUAUUUAAACAUUGUAACCCAAAUUAGAUUUAGGAGAUGAGAUUUUGGAUGUGAGCCAACCACUUCACCUUUGACAGCUCUUGCUAUACAGUACAUCCUACGUAAACUAAACACCAACACACACACACCAACGCACAUACAGAGAUAAGUACAUUUGAAAUGCUUUUCACAGCCUGGUAUAAGACAAGAGUGGGAUAUGACAGAAAUGUUGGGGUUUCAAAAGGAGAAUUCAUAUGCUUAUACAUUUAGCAAAACGGGAAAUAAUGAGCAUUUACAUCUUGAAAUGAAAUCAUCUGGAAAGUGAAGCUGAACAUUAUAAUUUGUUGUUACAAUUUGUCCCUAUGUGGCUACAAACUGUGAAUUGCAAGUUGAAUUGUUGAGAAAACUGUCAUGAAUAGAAAUGAAAGAAAGUGUGAAUCUUGUUAGUGUAUAUUUGUAAAUGAGACUGAGCAAUGUUUUUCAUAUCAAGCAUAGAAGUGACUUUCUGUUGUUCCUCUUGUACUGUGUUGUUAUAAUGGUUGCCAUGUGUCAUGGAAGGAACUUUAAUGUGUCACAGCAAUUAUUUUUUGGUACUUUUUCAAGGUUCAACAUCUCGUUUUGUGUAGAAUUCUAAUGUUGUUGUAUAUAGGAUUACCAUGAUGCAAUAACAAGUUACAGUUGCUAUAGUAGUAUGGUUUCUCUCCCCCUAUAAACUAAAUCAGUGACUCCUGUGUGAUAAGUGAAUAGACAUUCUGUAAUACACUGUGUCCUUCUAUUCUUUUUUGUCAAUAAUAUCUUCAGCCUAAUAUCCUAAUAAUAAACCGUUUUCAAAUACA